GAGGAGCAGUUAGUUUGUGCCAUGAACCAAUUCAUAUCACUCUCUGCUUGCCACAUUCUAAAUGGUUAAGUCACUAAUUGAAGACUCUAUUGCAGAAAAUGCUCAAGAGGCAAUUCCGUACACUGAAAGCCCAGGGAAGACUGCCGCUAGACCUCCCUCUGAGACCAAUGAAGGCCUGGCUCCUGGCAGGGAAAAGAGUCUUCUUGGAACUUGGGAUGCAAAGAGGGGCCUGGAAUUACAGGAGACAGAGAGAGUUCUCCUGGUCAGUUGCCAGAGAGUUCAGGAUGAAUUAAGGAUAUCUGAUUUCACCGUGGACACGGCGCCCAACAAAGCCAUCCAGCUUCUGAAAGAGGAGUGUUGGAAGUUGAACUUCUUGCACCUAAAGGAUGAGACAUGCCAGGCCACUGAGCUCACUGAGCUGUAUGGACAUUCUGAGACCUCUUCAAAGGAAACUCUAAUUGAAGAGAAAAGUCCAAAGACCAAGUGCCCGUCCAGUGUCGCUGGGGCUGCUGACAUUGACAACACCAAUGAGGAGUCUUCAGAGGAGUCUCCGAAUAACAAUGUGGUGGACUUUCAGGAUGACUCGCUAGCCCUGGUCAGUGUGGAGAAAGACGCUGCUGGAGAUGGAAAUGUCCUCAGCAAGGUGGUGAAGCCCAAAGGGUGUCUGAAGGAGAGCUGCAAAGAUCAGCUAACCCCAACAAUCUAUGAUAUGAUUACGGAACUACCAAAGUCCUAUUUCGGAUCCACUGAGAGCCUUCCUGAGAUGUGUAUCAGAGGUCCAAAUGUGUGCAGUGGAGUGCCUGAUGUGUCAAAUGCAGUGGGAGAGGUGUCCAGUGACACAAUGACGACUGAAGCUGCUGAAGACCUUCUGGACACUGGAAAUGUCCUGAGAAAGGUGGUGCAGCUAUCCACCGAGAGCCAUGCUGAGGUGUGCAAUGGAGAGGCUGAGCUGUGCAGCGGUCCUGAGGUGUGCAGCAGAGGUCCUGAGGUGUGCAGCGGAGGUCCUGUGGUGUGCAGUGGAGGUCCUGAGGUGUGCAGUAGAGUCCCUGAGGUGUCAAACCCAGUGGAAGAGGUGUCCAGUGAUACAAAGACAGAGGCUGCUGAAGAACUUCGGGACACUGAAAAUGUCCUCAGCAAGGUGGUGAAAUCCAAAGGGUGGCUGAAGGAGGGCUGGGAAGAUCAGCUGACCAAAGACUUCAAUGAUAUGAUUGCAAGACUCCCAAAGUCCUAUUUUGCAUCCAAUGAGAGCCUUCCUGAGGUGUGCAGCGGAGUGCCCGAGGUGUCGAACGCAGUGGAAGUGGUGCGCAGUGACACAAAGAAGCAGAAGAAAAAUGGCGUUCUACGAUUCUUCCGACGUGUGUGGAAGUUCUUCACAUGCACCAACAGCCUCCCAAAAGAGGAGUGA